AUGUUCAGAGCGACGUUGCCCAGAAUGACCAAAUUUGAUAUUGCGAUUGUUUCCGACACCGUCUGCCCGUGGUGUUAUGUUGGAAAGCAAAAACUCGAGCAAGGAAUUACGGCAUACAAACAACGACAUCCUGAUUCCAAUGAUACAUUUAGUAUCUCAUGGCAUCCUUUUUACCUUGCUCCAGAAGCGCCCAAAACUGGUGUGGAUAAACGAGCAUGGUACCUUGCUCGCUUUGGAGAAGAGAGAAUGACGGCAGUUUUCGGUCGACUUUCUGAAAUUGGAAAGGAUGUCGGUAUCGACUUCAAGUUUGGAGGAAAGACAGGAGCUACGAGAGAUAGCCAUCGCCUUAUUCAAUUGGGAAAGACAAAGUCGCCGGCCAUGGAAACAAAGGUAGUGGAAUCAUUAUUCAAGUCGUAUUUUGAAGAAGAAGGCGAUAUUACAAGUCAUGAAGUAUUACAAAGUGCCGCGGUACGAGCUGGUUUGGACGAGAAGGAAGUCAAUGAAUGGUUGGAGAGUGGGAAGGGGGGAGUAGAGGUUGAUAGGGAGGUUGAAGAGGCGAGGAAUUCGAUUAGCGGGGUACCGAAUUUCACUAUCCAGGGAAAAUAUGAGAUUGGAGGUGCCCAGGACUCUGCAGUAUUUUUGAGGUUGUUUGAGAAGAUUAAGGAGAUGGAGGAAUCGUCGAAAGCUUAGGCAAAAUGUAGUUAGGGAUCUUGAGAUAUUUUUCAAUAGAAGAGAAGGACGGGAAUACAGAUUUGAAGGCUUCAUUGGGAGAUUUAGUUGAUCAUACCCAUGGCGAGCUUGUUAGGCACACGUGGGCAAACAAUGAAUGAUGCCGGAACUCACAAAUUUUCUACAGAAAAGUGAAUCAGCCACAAUGAACCCCCAUAUAUAAUUGUCAGCCACGGCAAGGCCACCCGUGGACGUCUGUGUCUCGCCUGGUCGAUCUCAAUUUAGCUGCAUAUUAUGUUGCACAGGAAGAUCUCGCAUAUCUAUUACAGGCAAGAUGAAGUCAGAUU